AUGGAUUUAAAAAACACAAAAUGCAAACCCCGUUUUUUUAUUUCACUACUUCUGAGCACAUUGCUUCUCUAUGGGACUGCAUACAAUGAUGCAGUGGUAGGAAGUGGAAAUUGGAAUGUGAAAGAUGGAUCAGGAGGAGAUAACAAAAAUGGAGGAAAUGUUACACUAGAGAAAAUUUUGGACAAUGAUAUGAACAUAUGUACGUGUGGGUCAGGUGAUAAGGAAAAUUCGAAGAGCUGCAAAGAGGAAGAAAAAAGCGACAAUCACCAAAAGGAUGGAAAUAGAAUUAACACAUCGUUUCCUACAUGUGUACUCCCCUUUUGUAAAAACAGAAUGGAUGGAAUAGAACAUCAUGAUGAUGUCGAUUCAGUGCUUAAUUUGGACAAUAAAUUUUUUCAUUCUGUAAAUGCAUAUGAUUAUCUAGAAAAUGUGGAAUGUAAGAAGUUUAAAAAGGUAACUAUUGGGCAAGCUGAUAUUUACUCGGCUCUAUAUGAAGAAGUUAUACACAUGAAUGGGACACGCACCGAGAUGACAAAGAAGACAUUCAACAAUGUGACACUCAAAAAGAUGACACUUAACAAGAUGACAAACCGUUCGAAUGUAAAUAGAAUGGAAUCAUCUAAGUGGAAGAAGAAACCAAAAGUAGAAGAAUGGACCCACGAUGAAUUGGACACAUAUAAUAGCAUGUUUAGCUCAUUCCACAAAAAGGGCAAUGAUAGGGUAAUGCGGAUUUUAGCAAAAGAAGAAGGAAAUGAUAAUUCCAAAAUACAUAGUAAUACAAUCCUACGGAAGAAAGGAAAUAGUAACGACCCAGAUGGUAAUUUUCAUGGAAGUAUUUUAAAUAUACAUUUUACUGAAAAUAAAAACAUUUAUACAAAUGUUAACGUAGGAGGACAAUUAUUAAAACUGUCGUUGAAUAGUAGACUCGAGGGAAUAUACCUUUUCAUGAAAGAUUCUCAAGCAUGUAAUGUAAAUGAUGAACAGAAAAGAACAUGCUAUGAUCCAAACAAAGCUAGAAAUUCAAGAUGGUGUAAUAAUGAUCUUCUGUGUUUACCUCCUAUAUUGUCCAAACCGUAUGAGUGUUAUAGUGAAAGUAAUUUGAUAUUAGAAAAUAAGGCUGAAUAUCCAAGUAUGUAUUAUGACACUUUGAAGUAUACAGAAAGUCAUGUGGAAGGAUCGGAUGAUGUUCAAAUUGUAGACUUUAUGUAUGAAUCGUCGAGGAUUCAGGGAGAAAGUGGAGGAAAAGGGAAUGUGCAGGAUGAUGAUACAACAUUUCAGAAUGUCGAUGUGAAACUGAUUACAGAUUUGUCAGUUUAUAAAGGAUGGAGCUUGUUUAAUGACACAGAUGGAAUCCUAGGGUUGGCAGGAAAUGAACUAAGCUGUAGGAGCGUAAGUCCAUGGAAUAACAUUCUCGAAAAAAAUAAAUCAUUAUAUGCGAUUGACAUUAAUUUUCCUGAAGAUGCAAUUAAGCCGUACGUUCAGUCAGCUAGCCAAAAUUUGGAAUCUAAUAAAUCCUCUUCCCAUUUUAAGUUCCUUUCGAGAAAGAAAAAAAUUAAGUGUAGUAGCACAUCGUCGAGUGGGAAAUCGUGUGAAGUUCAGGACGAGGGAAAAGAUAGCACGAAUGUAAGAAAUGGGAACGAAGAAUUUGAAGAAGUGGAAGAAGCCGAAGAGGAUGUGAAGAUCUCCGAAAUACAUGUAGGAGAUUAUAAGAAAACAUUUGGACCCAUUGUGUGGUCAGAACCAAGAGAAAGAGGAGGUAUUUUUUCUGACUCGUUCAUGCAGUUUACCAUAUACAAUUUAGAAGUUUGUAAUAAAAACAUAUUUGGAAAGUACAGUAGCAAUUGGCAAGGUGUUAUAGAUUUGAGCAGCAAAUGUUUAGUUUUGCCCAAAAUGUUUUGGCUAAGCUUGAUGGAGUAUUUACCAGUUAACAAAAAUGAUGAAAGGUGUAUACCUCAAAAUAAGGAAAUUAUAUUUGAUGAAAAUAGAGUACCCAGAAUGUGUUCUGUUCAUAUGAAUAGCAGACCUUUGCCUGUAUUGAAAUUUUACCUUUCUGAUAAUGAUAUGGUGAGUGAUAAUAACAUUGGAGGAGAGAUUAAUAACAAUGGUAUAUUUGUAGAUAAUACUAAGAGGAAAGAUAACGUAUAUAGGAUUGAAGAAAUUAAUAUUCCUUUGGACAAUCUCAUAAUUAAUGAAAAUGGACCAAAUGAUGGCUACUUAUGUGUUGUUCCAGAUGCACAUGAAGGAGUAUCGAGCGAAAACAGUGGAAGGACAACGAAGCCUUUAAUAAAAUUCGGCACGUAUGUAAUGAACAACUUUUAUAUAGUAGCAGAUCAGGAAAAUUAUAGAGUCGGAUUUGUAAAUAAGAAAAGUUACCAUUAUACAAAUGAUGGAUGCACACAAAGGGCUGAGUGUGUGGGGAAUCAAUUUUAUGAACCCGCUUUGAAUAUCUGUGUCGAUCCAGACUGUUCUAUAUGGUAUUUUUAUACGCUAAACCCAGAGACGAAAAAAUGUGAAUCCAUUUCUUCUCGCUUCUACAUUUUCUUGAUAAUCAUCAUUUUGUUGCUCCUCCUGGAUUUGCAGUCCUACUAUUUUUACAGGAAAUCUGUUCAUGUCGCGAAGGUUUCAUCUCGAUGA